AUGGACACCACAACCCUGCCCACCCCGGAGCACUGCCUAGCGGACUUUUGUCUGAUCCCCAUCGGGACAGCAUCAGCCUCCGUCUCCGCCCAGGUAGCCGACGUCCAACGACUAAUCGAGCAAUCCGGCGUGAAAUAUGUCAUGCACUCUGCAGGCACAACCCUAGAAGGAUCCUGGGACCGAGUUCACCAAGUGAUCGGCCAGGCGCAUACGCUCCUGCACAAGCAAGGCAUUGUCCGCAUUCAAACUGAUAUCCGUGUUGGAUCAAGGACCGAUAAGGAGCAGACUGCUGAGGAUAAGGUGAAUAAGGUGCGGCAGUUGCUGGCUCAGGAUAAGCAAUAG